AUGUCGAACCCGGAUCGAAUCUCCCAGUACUACCGCAAGAAGCUGGAGCAACACGAACUCACCCCAGAAGAAUGGGUUGCUGUUCGCUAUACUAUUGCGAAGCACACACUUAUCGCGCGAUCUCGUUCAUGGAGUCGGCUGCAGUCACUGGCCUUUGCUUCAGUAGGACUUUCGGUUGGAGGCGUCAUUGCCAUGGAGUCUGGCAUGAAAACUGUGGAAAGCAGGCUACAGGGGUCUGGAUCAGAGCUGCUGUACCUAAUGGACCGAUACUCGUAA